AUUCAAAUGAAAGCUCACUGAUAUGGCUCCCCUAGUUUUCUCUUCAUAGCUCGCAUCUAGCUUCUUAUCAAUACUAAUUCGAUGCGAUUCAACAAUUCCUGAUGCAAGAAUCAUUAUCUUGAAAUGGGGUCACUAUUGAGUCUUCUGUCACGAGAUGAAUCAAACUGUUGUUCUUAUCAGAAGUAUGAUGUAUUUCUGGAUUUUGAGAAUGCACAGCCAACGCCAGAUGAACGACUCGUGUAUAUGGAAGUGCAAUCUGUUCUGGAACAAUGUGAUAUAAUUUUAGAUGAAAUUCAAUGCUACAAAGGCGCUGGGAAAGAAAUUCGGGAAGCAAUAACAACACCCACGGAAGAAUGUCAACUGCGAGCUUGGAAAACAGUGAUGCCUCUUGUUGCUAAGCUCAAACGGUUGUAG